AUGACUGGGAGGGCCGCCGCGCACCAACACCUCCUCCACAAGCCCGCGGCCGUGCUCCGCCUCCGCCUUCACAUGCGCACCUUGCCGCCUGCCACGCCACCCGCCUCAUCGCCAGAGAGACCACUGCGCCGCCUGCUUGACGCCACUCCCCCGCGCCACUGUACAGUUGGUGCUGCUGCAAUUGUACUAGUCAAUGGGGUGAAAGCUAAGAACCUUGGCCUUCAAGUUAUUGCAAGGAUAAAAUUUGAGCUGAAGAUAGAUUUCAUAGAUCUGAGUGAUCAUGAUAUUACUGACUUGAGCAGCAGCGAUGACGAGACUGUUCAGGAGGAUCAUAUUGCAACUCAGCACCGGGCGGCGUCGCUUGAUAGGCAGACUAUGCAUGUCAUGGAUGGUGAAGGAAUCCAAGAUGUGCAGGCUGCGUUUGUUGCAGCUAGUGAAGGAAGGCAAGAUGUGCAGGCUCUGUUUGCUGCAGCUAGUGAAGGAAGACAAGCGGCUGGUGAUUGUGGACAUGCUUUGGAAAUCACCACAUCGUCCUUGGUUACGGAAAAAGAACCUCUUGUUGCAGCUAGUGAAGGAAGCCAAGAUGUGCAAGCUGUGCUUGUUGCAGCUCGUGAAGGAAGCCAAGAUGUGCAGGCUGCGUUUGUUGCAGCUAGUGAAGGAAGCCAAGAUGUGAAGGUUGUGCUUGUUGUAGCUACUGAAGGAAGUCAAGAAGCUGCUAACUCUGGAAAUGGUUUGGAAGCUACAGCAUUGUCUUUGGUUACUGAAAAAGCACCUCUUGAUAUGGCUGAAUCGCACAACUGUCCUCGCUCUCCCACAUCAGCGCCGUUCCCCAGCCCGACUUCUACCGUUCUGAAGGCUCCGACCUUUGAAGGUGGCGAUGCAAAGCUGGUAAGAGGGAAGGUGAAGCGUCCCAGGAAGAACUACCACACUGGUACUCCUAGGACAAGUCCUAGGUUUGAACUGAAGCCUGUAUGUCGGAACGGGCCUCUAGAAGAGCUGCCAGCCGAGGCACUGACCUCUGAAGGUGGCGACGCAGAGCUGGUGAGAGAGAAGAUGCAACAUCCUGGGAAGGAUUACCAUUCCGGCACUCCUGGGACAAGUCCUAGGUUUGAACCGAAGCGUGAAUGUCAUAACGGGCCUGUGAAAGAGCUGCCAGCCGAGGCUCUGACCUCUGAAGGUGGCAAUGCAAAGCUGUUGAGAGGGAAGGUCAAGCAUCCUCGGAUGAACUACCAUACCAGCACUCCUAGGAUAAGUCCUAGGUUUGUACCGAAGCUUGAAUGUCAUAACAGGCCUGUGGAAGAGCUGCCAGCCAAGGCUCUGACCUCUGAAGGUGGCAAUGAAGAGCUGGUGAGAGGGAAGCUGAAACAUCCUAGGAAGAACUACCCUGCUGGCACUCCUAGGACAAGUCCUAGGUUUGAACCAAAGCGUGAAUGUCAUAACGGGUCUGUGGAAGAAAUGCCAGCCAAGGUUCUGACCUCUGAAGGUGGUGAUGCUGAGCUGGUGAGAGGGGAAGUGAAACUUUCUAGGAAGAACUACCAUACCGGCACUCGGACAAGUCCUAGGUUUGAAACAAAGCGUGGAUGUCGUAACGGGUCUGUGGAAGAGCUGCCAGCUGAGGUUCUGACCUCUGAUGGUGCUGAUGCAGAGCUGGUUAGGGAGAAGGUGAAACAUGCUAGGAAGGAUUACCAUACUGGCACUCCUAGGACAAGUCCUAGGUUUCAACUGAAGCGUGAACGUCACAAGGGGCCCGUGGAAGAACUGGCAGCCGAUCACAUGAGGUUCCGCACACUAGAAGAAUUAAUUGCCUCUCCUGACAAUGCAGAAUCUGCGAAGACCCCCUCUACCGACUCUCUGAACUAAGGUAGUUGACUGAAUAUGAUGCCCAUGAAACUUUCAAACUGUUGUUGCUCUAGAUUGUCUCAUGCAUGUUUAUGGAACCACCAUUGUUGCAUUAGUAGUGUGGCUGGAGCUCACAAUUUGCCCCAUGUAUCUCAGAAUUAAUAUUCCCAUUGCACCAAAUCCAUCUAAACUGUAACUUGUGGCUGACUGUUGACUGCCAUACUUUUGAUGUUCAUGUGCAUUUCUGCGAUAUAAUGUCUGACACACUGCUUCUAGUUAAAACCUCAGAAAGACUUUGAACU